GAAGCGCGACGGGUGUUCGUUGACUGUCUCCGACCAAUUUAUUCGUUUUAAUUGUUUUAGAUAUGGAUGUCAACAAGCCCAGGGGCAGCAACCUUGCCUCACCGACCCAGAAGUUGUCCAAUGGAUACACUCUGCCUGUGGGAAAACUGACUCCCAACGCUCUCUUUGUUGGUGGGAUAGACAUGAAGGUGGAUCAAAAUGAAAUACGGGACUUCUUUGCGAGAUAUGGUGCUGUCAGGGAAGUACGAAUUAUCACUUACCGUGGAGGAAUCUGCAAAGGGUAUGGCUUUGUGUACUUCAAUGAAGAUGUCAAUAUUCAGUCAAUCAUUGAGCAACAGAUCACUUUUAAUGGACGAAAACUCAAGCUGGGCCCUGCAAUCAUGAAAGAAAGGAGCUCACGGUCAAUGCCAUCUCGUCUUUUUGGCCCAGCUCCUCCAAUGAGCCCCACCCAGUACUUCUACUGUGCCUGUUGCUCACCCAUAGGUGGUGGUAUGGCACAACCUUCGCCCAUCAUUACUGGAGGCAGCCCCUACAAUCCGCCGUACACCUACCCCAACUUUGGAGGGGUGGUAAUGCCACAGAUGCCAAUGAACUAUGCACAGAACGUCUACACCUACCAGUACCCUACAACUCAAUGGACGGCGGACCAGAGAACGCAGCCUGUCAACCAGAGCUUUGUCGACUGUGGAGUUCAGACUAUGUUGACUGUCCUGUAGUCCAGAACUAAUGUGCCUCCUGCCAGGUGACGGUUGCUAUGGUAUAGACAGAAAUCUUGGUGCUCCACCAACUCCUCCGAUCAUUUUCAAUGCGCCCCUCCUCUGACCUCGCUUCCUUCGAUAUCUGAGACCCAUUUUAACACCAGACUGCUGGAACUCUCCACUUAAACCGUACUAGUUUGAUCACAGUCACUUUGACCACUGUCGGUAAGGUUGACCUGUGGUAAUCGGCUUUUUAACCCACACGGAUCACUGUAACAACUGCACUGGAAGAGCGAAGAAAUCUCACUGCACCAACUGAUAGUUUUUUUCCCCCUUUUGUUAAUUUUUCCCCCCCAAAAAAUGGAAAAAAGACUUUUAAAAUCACCAUUUGUGCCUAUUUAUAUUUUACGUUAUA